AUGCAUGAAAAUUUACGAAAGCUGCAACAGAGCAUACAAGUCGUGCCUCCAACUAGCCAAGACCCUGGGUCGGAUAGAUUGACCCCACAGAAGUUCACCAUCGAUACGAGACUUCUCUGGGAUAUACUGUCUUAUGAGCAUGCAGGUAGGCCAGACGCACGCACUGAUGAAUCUAUUUACAAUGGCCUAUCAUCGACCCACCAGGACACGGCGAGAGGUGCUAGUGACGAUGGUGAUGGAUACGAUUUGGUCGGAUCAGCCGGUAUAAUUGGGCAUAAGACUGUUCCAAAGGACACACCUCUCUAUGCUCCAGGUGAGGGUGAGGUGAGUCAUCCCAUAAGAGGCCGUGAUCCCUCUGAUGCUUCUGGGUUGCUGGGCUCUCUACAGCAAAACAUACAGGAAGGGUUUGGAUCGGCCAUGGAACUAGACAAUAUCUUUCCCGAAGUACACGACUUCGGGAGGGCGAUUGAUGAGUGGCUGAGCCUUGAUUGGGGGAACACGAUGCUGUAA